AUGUCUCUUGUCGACGGUAGACUCGGAAGAUCCUUCUGCUAUGGAAGAGGUGAAAUGGCCGCCGCCGGGGAUGCCUGCGGACUGUCUGACGUCGCUCACAUAGAGUCGUUACAGGAAAAGUCGCAGUGUGCACUGGAAGAGUACUGCAGGACACAAUACCCCAACCAGCCUACAAGGUUCGGAAAACUACUUCUAAGGUUGCCAUCUCUAAGGACAGUGAGCUCUCAAGUAAUCGAACAACUCUUCUUCGUGAGGCUAGUCGGCAAAACACCAAUAGAGACUCUCAUAAGGGAUAUGUUGUUGAGCGGAAGCAGUUUCAACUGGCCGUAUAUGAACAGCAUGUGA